AUGAGGUCACGAGAAUGUCUAAUAGUUAUAGCUUUAGGCCCUCUGUCUGCCCUGGUUCCCCUCUUUUAAAAAGACUUUUACCACUCUAUCAUACAGGCCCUUUUUGCAUUUUGUAGUUCUCUUUUUUCUCAAUCUUCCUCAUCUCAAACAUCUUCCACCUUUACAGGACAAGAUCAGCAAAGGUGUUUGUCCUUCCUUCAAUCCUUUCGUCUCUCUUUCUUUCUCUUCAUGACUUCUCCUUAUCAUAACUCACCACCUUCUCCUUUUCCUUUAGAGCUUAACCUAGAUCAACACCACCAACUCUUAAUAAGUGCAACACCUCAAGUUUCUUCUUCAUCUUCUUCUUUUUCAAACCCUAUUUUCUUUAACCCAGCACAAGAUCAAGGAGGGUGUUACUACAUGGCAUUAAACCACUUCCAAAAUUAUCAAGAGGUUGAUAAACUUGUUGCGCAUGGUGGAUCAUCAUGUGAUCAUAUAUCACUGAAGAAUGAAAGUGACAGUGAAAAUAAGUUCAGUUUUUGGAACAAAGAGAGUAAAAUUGAAGAUCAAAGUGAGACUUUUUCUGUUAAGUGGAUGCCCUCAAAGAUGAGAAUGAUGCGGAAGAUGAUAAAUUCAGAACAAACAGGUCAUGCGGAUAUACCACUUAACUCUAUGAAGAAGUUUGAAGAUCAGAAGCAACCAAUGGCUCCUGCAAAGACUGACAACAGUAGCAACAAUUCUUUCAACAACAACAACCCCACAGUUAGGGUUUGUGCUGAUUGUAACACAACAAAGACCCCUCUUUGGAGGAGUGGUCCCAGAGGACCUAAGUCGCUUUGCAACGCGUGUGGAAUUCGACAAAGGAAGGCUAGACGGGCCAUGGCAGCAGCUGCAGCAGCAGCAAAUGGCACAACUCUUGCAACAAACCCCCCAUCUAUGAAGAGCACUAAGGUGCAACACAAGGAUAAGAGAGCCAGUAAAAGUUAUGUUCCAAAAUUCAAGAAAAAAUGCAAGCUCAAUACCCCAGAUCAUGGCAGCAAGAAGGUUUGCUUCGAGGACUUCGCAAUAAGCUUGAGUAAAAAUUCAGCCUUUCAACGGGUUUUCCCUCAAGAUGAGAAGGAAGCUGCAAUCCUGCUAAUGGCUUUAUCUUAUGGCCUUGUUCAUGGUUGAGUUCUCAAACUAUCAGUAGUCCAAUUUUAGAUAUAUUAGAGCUAGAGAACAUCUGUAUGAGUGGGAAAGAGGAUGCGAGGAUCUAAAAUCCAAUAAAACCAAAAAAUAAAGUUGUGUUGUAACCUUGUGAGGCUAUAUAUGGUGGAUUUGAACAGGUUGGUAACCAAAUAAUGGGGUCUCUUGUUCAUCUAUAUAUUAUUUAUUAUAAUAAAAUAUCCAAAGUUUUUUUGUGACUCU